UCUGCCGGCGGUCAGGGGCGCUCCCCUCCGCCGUCCGAGCGGGGCGGCUCUCGCGGGAGGCGGCGCCAUGGGGCUGCACGGCGUCAAGGCGGUGUUCUUCGACCUGGACAACACGCUGAUCGACACGGCCGCGGCGGGGCGGCGCGCCAUCGAGGAGGUGAUAAGCGCCCUGCAGUCCAAGCACCACUACGGGGAGGGAGAGGCCCGCGCCGUCUGCGAUAAGGUGCAGGCCAAGCUCCUCAAGGAGUGCCACGAUCCCGCGAAGAUGUGCAUCACAGACCUGCGGAUUUCGCACUGGGAGGAGGCGAUCCAGGAGACCAUCGGCGGGGAGGCGAACCGCGACCUGGCGGCCGAGUGCUAUUACCUGUGGAAGACGACGCGGCUGCAGCACCUGACGCUGGCCGAGGACACGCGGGCCAUGCUGACCGAGCUGCGGAAAGGCCUCCGCCUGCUGCUCCUCACCAACGGCGAGCGGCAGACGCAGAGGGAGAAGAUCGAGGCGUGCGCCUGCCAGCCCUACUUCGAUGCCAUCGUUGUGGGGGGAGAGCAGAAAGAGGAGAAACCGGCGGCAUCCAUAUUCCAUUACUGUUGCGAUCUCCUGGGGGUGCAGCCCGCGGAGUGUGUGAUGGUCGGUGACUCUCUAGAUACAGAUAUUCAAGGAGGCCUGAAUGCUGGCUUGAAAGCAACGGUCUGGUUAAACAAAGCAAUGACUGCCCCAGUAGAUACCUCCCCCGUACCUCAUUAUAUUAUUUCUUCUGUACUGGAUCUUCCAGCAGUGUUACAGAAGAUGGAGCACAACUCUAAUGCUAAGUUAGAAACUGACCAUAUGGCUGGUAGCAAUGAAGCACAUUGAUGAUGGUUCCAGCAUAGAGACCUGCUGAGCUGUUAGGUGACAGAUGCUCUUUUUAAAAGUCUGACCCUAGGAGUUUGAACUCAUCUAUGGUCUCUUUUAAACAGCAGAGGGAUGAAUAAGAGCACAGUUGUCAGUGGAAACCAGACAGAAGCACACAACUAUAUUAAUUUGAGUGAUGCAAGUGCAGUUAAUUUAAAGCAACUGCCUCUGUCUGGAAAUUAUUUUGACAGACUGUUGCAGAAGUCUGUCUGUCUCUGACCUAAGUUGCCAGUCUCUUGUAUUUAUAGUGGAAAAGAAAAUUUGAAUGUUCU